CAACUCAUUUAGCAAGCAGAUGGUAAUUGGCUACAGUCAGAAUACUUUGCUGGACUCGACGUCCGAUCAUUUAUGUUUUCGUUCUUUAGUGUAUUUUAUAGUUCUCAGAUUAUAGCGGUUGGUAUUAAAAUCCAUAUUUGAUCAGCAUUUUCUGGGGGCAUAUUAAAGUGGACAUUUCCUCUUUCCGCUCAGUUAGCUAGCGAGCUAGCUACGAACAACAAACAACAGACUAAUCCGAGUUGUCAGUGAUUUUCGCUAGGAAGUUAGCUAGACUAGCUAUCUGGGUGCAGUUGUUUUCUGAAGCCGUGGACGGAGACUGUUAGAGGGGAUAUCCGGGCAACGGUAUCCUUGAAUGUACGUUAUUAAAUUAAUCAUUGGAAUAUCUGAUCAGAUAACAUUACUGUGUCUAAGAAGGCUAACCUAGGCGGUGGGUAGCUAACUGGAUCUUUUUCGAUAACUGGCUAGCUGGCUAGCUGGUUUGUUAGCUAGCUGCUGGCUGGCUGACGUGACCAUUAUAACAGUGUAGGCUCAAAGUAUUUUUAAACAAAUAGUGCCGGAAUAUGGCUCAAUAUGGACAUGGCGUUAGUCAUGUAGCGAGUUCUCAAAAGGCACUAAUGCUAGAGAUGAAAAGUCUACAAGAAGAGCCAGUUGAAGGUUUCAGAAUAACUUUGGUGGAUGAAGCAGACUUGUACAACUGGGAAGUAGCCAUUUUCGGACCCCCCAACACCCUUUAUGAAGGGGGAUAUUUCAAGGCACGCAUCAAGUUCCCCAUCGACUACCCCUACUCCCCCCCUUCCUUCAGGUUCCUCACCAAAAUGUGGCACCCCAACAUCUACGAGAACGGGGACGUGUGCAUCUCCAUCCUGCACCCUCCGGUCGACGACCCCCAGAGUGGGGAGCUGCCCUCUGAGCGGUGGAACCCCACCCAGAACGUCAGGACCAUCCUGCUGAGUGUGAUCUCCCUGCUGAACGAGCCCAACACCUUCUCCCCCGCCAACGUGGACGCCUCCGUCAUGUACCGCACCUGGAGGGACAGCAAGAGCAAGGAGCGGGAGUACGCUGAGAUUAUCAGGAAGCAGGUCCUCUCCACCAAGGCGGAGGCGGAGCGGGACGGGGUGAAGGUGCCCACCACGCUGGCGGAGUACUGCGUGCGCACACGGGCGCCGCCCACGGACGAGGGCUCCGACCUCUUCUACGACGACUACUACGACGACGAGGACCUGGACGAGGACGAGGAGGAGGACGACGACGACUGCUGCUACGACGAAGACGACUCCGGCACCGAGGAGUCCUGAUGCCCCCUGACCCCGCCCUGACCCCGUCCUGACCCCGCUCUGACCCCGCCCUGACCCCGCCCUGACCCCCCCGCCUGCCCGCCCUGACCCCACCACUUCCCUCAACACCCCGCCUCUUUUCACAGACGCCCUCCCGCCUCAUGUCAUAACCCCGCCCCUUACUCAAAUCCCCGCCUCUUUUCUCAAACGUCCCCACCCCCUUGCACCGUAGCUCCACCCAUUCCCUUUUAAGUGCCCCGCCCCUUCGCCACCUAAACCAAUCAGAACUCCGGUGUGACUCCACUCUGGAUCAGGAGCCAGCCUGGGUUAUUAUCAUUAUUUUUUUUUAUCACCAAAUAAUAUUUUGUCCCUCUCUCCCUCCCUGCUGCUUCCAGUCAGUGCCCCCCCUCCCGUGAGCGCACGUGCCCCAAUUUUGGGGUCUGCGUCCCAGAACAUUUGAGCCGACCCUUUCUGCGCUAAAGCGCCCCCUGGAUGUCCGCGGCUCCGCCCUUUAAAUGACUGCAGGACUGGAUCAUGUGACUGAAGCAGGGGGAGGGGCCACUGCUCCAGUCCCUGAUUGGCUCGUGAUGCUCGUUGUGAUGCGUUGAGCCCUUCGCUGAGAGCCAGUCCUCAUGCAGGGUCCUGAGCCCCUCAGCCUAUCGGUGUUCAAAGACAUUUAUACCUUAUUGACCAGUUUAGCAAUAAGUGUGUGUGUGUGUGUGUGUGUGUCUGUCUGUGUGUGUGUCUGUGUGUGUGUGUGUGUCUGUCUGUGUGUGUGUCUGUCUGUGUGUGUGUGUGUCUGUGUGUGUGUGUGUGUUCCUGUUAUGCGUGUGUGUUCCUGUUAUGCGUGUGUGUUCCUGUUAUGCGUGUGUGUAUGCAUGCAUGUGUGCCUGUGUGUAUGUAUGUGGGUGUGUCUGUGUAUGUAUGUGGGUGUGCCUGUGUGUAUGUAUGCGGGUGUGUGUGUGUGUUAUUGGUGUGUGUGUGUGUGUGUGUUAUGGGGGUGUGUGUGUGUGUGUGUGUGUGUGUGU